AUGCAUCUUCGCUCUCUGGUAAGAGUACGACUAACCAAAUAUUUCCCAAGUGACCGUUACGUCAAAAACCGGUGUAAUGGGGCCGACGGUCUUCUGAUCGACAUGGAGAGGAGGGAGGGACGAGUGGAUGAUUAUAAGCUUGCGAGUUUUAUGAAACUUCGCGAUAGCAAACUCGCUCUACCGAAACUGCUCGUCGACCCUGUCAACCACGCCCACAACUCAUGGAUCCCCCGUCUGAUCGCCGACAAAUCGAUAGCCGGAAUCGCGAUGAGAAAUCUAAAUUCAGAAGACGUCGAGUCGUGGGACAAUACGGUAUUCACGAUGAUUUGGGAUACGAAAGAGCGAAGAAUCACUCAUUCGAUCAUCAGUUAUCAUCGGAUUAAUGAUGGAGAUAUCCACUGGAAUAGUAGUAUUCGGACGGCUGUUCAGGGAUCGUUGGAUCAUGAUAUUCAACCAUUGGCCGCCAGGAUUUUGAGGUUUAGAGAUAUGGACAGCGCGACCCAAGAAUUCGAAAUACUCCGUCAGAUAGGAUUCACUGGAGCCGUUAUUCGCAAUCCGAAUCUCAUUGAAAUGACCAAUAAAGUUUUUGAGAAAUAA